AGACAUCGCCGGAAAUAUUCAAAGUCGGGAGGCGACUGUAUAGGAGUAACCUCGGAGAAACCUAGGCAUGGAUCAACGCUCAUAUUUGGUGAUUCUGGGGUAAAGGUCUCCACAUUCCUCCUUGCCGGUAGUCAACCCAUCUCGCGGGGAUAGGAGAAGGCCAGAAUCUGGAGAUUCAUAAGAGCAUCGCACGACGAUGUUGGGAUGUAGAGAAGCUAAUUUUCACACCAUUUUCAAUCUCUAUCUCUUCAAAAUGGCGCACUCUCCAAUCGAAAAGGAUGAUCUUUCCGCAGAAAUCGAGAAUGUUUCUGAUUCUCAGCAUGUUGACAUCGUCCCCCAGUCGGGCAAGGCUGUCAAUUUCUACUUAGCCCUAGCCUGCACGGCCUUCGCUUCAGCUUCGUUCAUCUUUGGAUUCGAUGACAAGAUCAUCUCCCCAGUGGCAGCCCUGGAGCCAUUUGUCGACAAAUAUCAAGGCCCUAAUCCGGUGACUGGCAAAUAUGUUUUCAGUGCUCGCAACCAGAAUCUGCUCUUCUCUGUUCCCCUUGUCGGCUCCAUCCUCGGUGGGCUAUUAGCAUCGCCCUUGAACUUCCAUUUCGGGCGGAAAUGGCCCUUACUUGCAGGCUACGUACUCUCCAUUGGAGGCGGGAUCCUGCAGGUGCUCGCUCCCAAUCUUGGUGCAUUUGUCAGUGGUCGAUUCGUGAAUGGGAUUGCUAUGGGCAUUGCCAAUGCAACAGCCCCAUUAUACAUGUCUGAGGUGGUCCCUGCAUCCAUGCGAGGAAGAAGUGUAACGUCGAUAAAUAUUCUAUCUCUCGUCGCCGGUGUGGUUGGUACGAUCAUCGUGUGGCGUACGGAACAAAUCGGAGGACAUCAAUCCUACAUGAUCCCGUUGAUCGUGCAGUGUGUAUUGCCGGCAAUUCUGCUGGUCUUAACCAUUCCUCUUCCCGAAAGCCCACAAUGGCUAGUUGGCAAAGAUAAGAUGGAGCAAGCUCACUGCAACCUACGGAAGUUACGGGGAUUUAGCGAUGCGGAGGUCUUGGAUGAACUUCAGGUGAUGAAGAUGUGCGAGGAUAAUGAGCGGGAACUCAGUGCCAACGUCCGAUUCUGGGAAAUUUUCAAUUGCCAAAAUAUCAAGCGGACUCUGACUGCUGGUUCAUUCUACUCUCUUAACCAGAUUUCCGGUGUCGUGCUCUCGACCACCUACGCCACCGUGUUUCUCACUGAGAUUGGUGUCGGUGAUGCUUUCACUCUUACCGUUAUCUCGUCGUGCUGUACACUGGCUGGUACCAUUACAGCGCCUUUUGUCAUUGACCGUGUCGGCCGCAGACCUACGGCUUUCACAGGAAUGUCGGUUCUCUUCGUGAUCGACGUUAUUGCCGGCGGACUAGCCUUCAACACCGGCAACAAGGGCUUCACCAUGGGCAUUGCUGCACUAUCUUUCAUUUUCAACUUCUUCUGGGCAGCCUCGUUUUACUCAUUGUCUAGUCUGAUGCCCUCAGAGGUUGCAACUGUCAAGCUCCGCAAUCAUACCAUGGCCUACACAAUCGCGUGUGCACAGACUACCGCUGUGAUCACCACGUUGGUUGUCCCACAAUUGACAUCGGCCGAUGCAGCCAAUCUGGGGGCAAAGACCUAUCUUAUAUUUGCUGGAUGCAUGGCUGGAGUCCUUGCUUUUGCCUACUUCCUCAUGCCCGAAACGCGUGGCAGAACGUUUGCUGAAAUCGAUGAGAUGUAUGAUGCGAAAAUUCCCAUGUGGAAGUGGCGGCACUAUGAGACAACAACUGAGGCGAAGACAGCUACACUGGAUACAGAGUUGUUGGCUUAGAGCUGGACUUAUAUGAUAGAUUUGUUUGAAAGUUAUAUAUGUGUGUAAAUUAAAGAGAAGUGAGACAGUGUAGCUUUCCGGUUGUGUUACUUUCAGUUUUAAUGUACAUCAAUAAGAGUCCCAACUCUCCUCGGAAAUUUAUCACAGCGCCUUCACAGGAAAUCCUUGAAACAACGAAACCGCCGGCUACGCUACCAAUGGUAGGUACGAGAGCUGUCUUGGGUGUUAUCCCGAUUUACCUUGGGCCUAUGAAACCCCGAAAAGAGCACCGCCCCGAAUUACUCGGCAUUCCUGGGCAUCAUGCUUCCAAGCACGAUAUCCAAGCGACAGC